AUGCAAUUACUAUUUUUUUGCGCCAUUUUGUCGUUCGCUAUUUUGUCGGCGCCAUUUUGUCGGCGCCAUUUUGUUUGGAAAUUUGCGCUUUUUUUGUUGUUCGCUAUUUUGUCGGGAAGUUUCUGCGCUGUUUUAUGCCAUUUUGUUGGCACUAUUUUGACGGAUGUUAUUCUCGAGGAUCUAACAGUGAACAUUGUGGAUCAAUCAUGCUACGAAGUUUCAGAAGAAGGAUUGAGAUUGAUGAAGUUAACCGAUCUCGAUGAAUUGUGGACACAUAUUUUUUACAAAAAGGCUGGCGUUGAUAAGUUGAACUACAUGAAAGAAACUGCUCGUUUUGAAGAUUGGGACACAAGUGACGAAAGCUUGACCACAAACGAAAUGAGGCAAAUUUUUGAGAUAACGACACGCCUGCUGCUGAUGGUCCUCAUUAAACACUGUGGACUCACCAAAUCAUUCAUCAAAUGGAAUGCUGAUAGUCACGUAUUGCCCGAUGCACUAAAGAACGUAUUCAGACAGGUGUACAAACUGAGAUCUGUGCUUUGGGUGCAUUACAAAUUCAUUGAAGACGAACCAGCUACCGCCAAUGCCCAAUCGUUCAGGAAGCAGCGCCACGUCAUCAAAUCCCUACUCUUCCUGCUCAUCAUUGUUAAUCCAACUGUCGUCGGUUAG